UGCAGCAAUAUAUCAAAAUAGGCCUAAUAUAAUACUUUGGUUCGAAGAUACAGGCAAGAAAUAUUGUUGAGAUGCCCUGUAUACCUACAGUAUGAAAUUGGAUCGAGGUCGCAUUCCCGGCACCAACCAAUCACAAAGACGUGAAGAAUAGUGUAUCCGACUUUCUUCCUGCGCGCGAACGAAGCAUUCCCUGAUACAAACUUCCAACAUCGACCUCUCACUGCUUGAGUUCCUAGUCGGUCGCUGAUAAUACACCCCUGGUUAUGACUGUACCUUUGGUAGGUGAUCUUCCGCCUUCAUGCUACUACAUACCUAGUUUCAUCAAUUCCGCCGAGGAAGAGCAACUCAUCAGAGACGUUCGAAGGGUUCCCGAGUCGCGAUGGACCAUUCUGACCCAUAGAAGAUUGUUGUCCCUUCCUUCGACGCUCACCGGCCCUGCUCGUGACACGCUCCUCGAUGCACCAAUGCCAUCUUACCUCGAAUUCAUCGUUGUUCGACUACAAGAGACUGGAUAUUUCAAGGACUCUACACACCAGCGGCCUAAUCAUGUCCUGGUCAAUGAAUACAAGCCUGGCGAGGGUAUCAUGCCGCACGAAGAUGGGCCCGCUUACGCCCCCAUCACUGCCACUGUGAGCUUGGGCAGUCACACUGUUCUUGAGAUCUACAAGAAGAAUGAGAUGGGAGAGCGGGAAGCAAGACCAGCGUGGCGAAUCCUGCAAGAACCGCGCAGUCUGCUUGUCACAAGAGGCGAUAUGUACGCCCAGACACUACAUGGGAUUUCCGAAAUUGUAGUCGAUGAAACCGUGACUCCUGACCAGAUUGCGAACUGGGAACUGGUCGAGGAGAAGGAUGCUUACCGGUCUGGCAACGCGGAAAGAAGAACAAGAAUCAGCCUCACACUUCGAGACGUUACCAAGGUCGCAAAGCUCGGAGGAGCCAUGAAGUUCAUGUCUAAACAAGUUUGAUAGGACGGAUUGUGCCCUUGUUUUCAAACUCGGCAUCGACCCAAGGAUUGGACCAAUACCAAAUGCUUCUAUUUACUUGCCCCAGCCGGCAGGAUAAAACAGGAUCGUUGAGAUUCUUCUCAACAGACUACGAGAGAAAAUAUCCUUCUCGCUGUCAUCCAAAACCCAGCCGACCAGGAGGUCCAGAUGUGUGUGCUUUGGCGCAUCGGUGUACAACUCUUGAGGUGGUUUUCUCCGUCAAAGAGAAUAUCUUUCACGGUGGGACAGCUGCAGUCAUGUUCGCUUCUGGGAGGAUCCUACUUCAAAUUCAUCAGUCUUCCGAGUUAUGGACCACCCCCACAAACUCAGUCGACCGACUCGCCUUCUCCAUUGCCGUUUCGAACCUCUUUGGCCGUUUGGCUUCUAGCUGGGCACGGGGCAACGACGCCCUCUAGCUACACAGAGGCAUUCGGCAUAUUACGAUGUUUGCAGAGAGAAUGAGAUCGGGAUAUUAGUGAUACCAAGCUUUACGAAGACACACUUCGCACUUCCUCGGCAAAGGGGGAUUCCCCCAGAAUGACUGAUUGAUGAAUGUGGGACUUUAAGCACCCUUUCUAGAAGCUAUGGCAAACACAAUACCCAUGCGCAGCGACCCUCCUAUGUGGGAAGUAGUCUAGAC